AUGUCGCUCCCGCUCCCUCAGAUCAUAGCCGAGGGCAUUGGUGUGAAUGUUAUUAGUGUUUAUGUCGAUGAGAUCGAGGGCAGUGAUGAUCUCAAGACCAGAGGCACUUUGGAUGAUUCAUUUCAGAGUUUGUUCGCGGCUUACUUACGGUUUCCCCCGAUGAUACAAAAUGUCAACUUCAUCAUUCGAGUUCGCGGGGACCAAACUCAAGAUUGUCAAGCUCCAGCUAAAUCUGCAGUCAAGAAAGCUACCGCUCGUCACGCUGAGUACGUCAAAAAGCGUGAGCGAGAUUUGGAAGAAGAGAAGGUUCGGCUGACGAGACUUGCUGAAGCAAGGAGUGUCAUCCUGUCACCCGAUCCUUCCCUCCCAGAACCAGUCAAGUUCAAGAUUUCGUCAACGAAGUCUUCCAACAUCAAACUUUGUACGGACACCACCACUGGCACGCGCGUCAAAGUUGUUGGUCGAAUCGAGAACAUGCGUGUAUCCAAGACAAGGACAUUUGUAUACCUGAGUGAUACUCGCGGCAUACUUUCUUGUAUGUUUACCGGCGAAUUCCAUGUCGUGGCGUCCAUCAUUCUUCAGAGGCAGGCUGCAAUCGAGGUCUUUGGUGAAAUGAAAGCCGUGCCGGAGGAGAACCAUGCCCCUGACAACCGCGAGCUUCAUGUCGACCAUUAUAACGUGAUUGGAGAAGCGCCUGGCGGCCCGGAGAGCUUCUCCAGUAUCGUCCCUUCCGAUACUGACCAAGCGAAAUUGUCGAGCUUGCGUCAUCUCGUGCUUCGACGUCCGGCUGAAGCCAUGGUAAUGAAAGCACGCGCGAGCACACUCGGCGCUUUCCGUCAAUGGUACAAAGAAAAUGGUUUCCGAGAGCAUAACGCACCAUCUUUCGUCCAGACACAGGCCGAGGGCGGUGGUUCCCUUUUCACUGUGCCUUACUACGGUCAACAAGCCUACUUAACCCAGACCGCACAACUUUACCUCGAAACUCAGCUUCCUAAUUCCCAGACUCGUCGUCAUCUCUCCGAGUAUACCCACAUCGAAAGCGAGCUGGAUUUCAUCAGCUUCGAGGACCUUCUGCAGCAUAUCGAGGAUCUGCUUUGCGGUGUCAUCGAUAUUCUGCUCUCGGAUCCAGAAAGUGCGGCUUACAUCAAAACUCUUAACCCAGAUUUCACCCGACCUGCGCGCCCCUUCAGGCGUAUGCAGUAUCGCGAGGCCAUCACAUGGCUAAACGAGCAUGGCGUCUUGACGGGAGAGAAUAAGCCUCAUGAGUUCGGAGAUGAUAUCGCUGAAGCAGCUGAGCGAGCCAUGACGGAUGCUAUCGGUGUCCCGAUCAUGUUGACCCAUUUCCCUGUGCCCAUCAAGGCUUUCUACAUGAAGCGAUGUCUAGAUGAUCCUACGGUCACAGAAAGCGUAGACUGUCUCGUGCCCGGAGUUGGUGAAAUGGUCGGAUCAGGAAUGCGUAUGGACAACUUGGAGCAGUUGACACAAGUCAUGUUGCAGAACAAGUGGGAUCUAGAUGCUUACGCGUUUUAUGCAGACCAGCGAAAAUACGGUAUCUCUCCACAUGGCGGCUACGGCAUGGGCCUCGAACGUUUCCUGGCCUGGAUUUUGAAGCGCUACACGGUGCGAGAGUGCGUCCCUUUACCGCGAUACCCAGGGAAAUGGUAA